AUGGCCGAGCACCAGCUGCUCGACCUGGCCACGUUCGUCCCUCUCCUCGACGCCCAACUCGCAGCCGGCCCAGCCGAGCCCGCCGGUAACCCUGCCAGAUGGGCCCUCGUCAACGCGGUUAUCGCGCUCGCCCUCCGCGCGAAGAUGGCGCCAGGCGCCGAGGCCGAGUUGUCCAUCUAUCAGCGGGCCUUCUACCGGAACGCCACGACGGUGAUGUCCGAGCUGAUCCUGCAGGAGCCGGGCUUGUUGUCGGUGCAGGCGCUGUUGGCGAUGGCCAUGUUUGCGCGUGCUACCUCGGACACCCGGGCUUUUGCCAUGCUGGUCACCAGUGCGCUGCGUCAGCUGGAACUGCUGGUGGCAGCCCAGAAUCAGUCGCCAGCAAACGGAGCGUUCGACAUGGCUAAUCGGGCACAGUUGAUGCAGGCGUACGGCGUCGUCUCCGCCUUUGAGGCGCUCGCGCGGCAGCACGCGCUCCUGAACUCACCCGCCGAUGUCUCAAUCAGCAUCGGCGGCGUGGUCCAGCUUGGCACCUGGAGCGACACUCCCGACAGCAAGUCCGGUCUCUACCACGGAAACGUGUCGUUCAACGGCCAUGUCGCAGACGUAGUCCUCUCGCUCUCGCGCAACGGUAACCGGGGACACUGCCCGGCUGCGGCCUGCAAACAGACGAUCCGGUCUGGCAGUGGUGGCGGCGAGCCGGCCUACAACGAUUGGGGCAUCUGGACGAACCCGGAGCCUACGGCCAACAUCGGCUGCUCGCCGCCCUGCUGGCGCGGUGGAAGCAGCGGCGUUGGCUUUGGAGACGAAUCUCGGACACCUUCACGGGCGGCCAACAAACUGACGCCCACGGCGACGUCCCCGUCGGGCCCAUGCAUCAGCAUCCUGGUGCUGUACAACGAUAACAGCGCGUCGGGCGAGGCGGACUAG